AUGGCAUUGAGCACCCAAAGAGACUCUGCCUUUCUUCCUUCACCUCAUCAGUCUGCUCCUCAACCAAACCACGAUGUGUUUUUGAGUUUCAGGGGUGAGGACACUCGACUUAGCUUUGUAUCCCAUUUAUACCACGAAUUGCAGCUCAGGGGCAUUAAAACAUUCAAGGACGAUCCUAAGCUUGAAAGAGGGACACCUAUUUCUUCAGAGCUCUUCAAUGCAAUCGAAGAAUCAAGGCUUGCAAUCGUUGUUCUCUCGCCAAAUUAUGCAUCUUCUUCUUGGUGCUUGGAUGAACUUACAAAGAUUCUCCAAUGCAUGAAAUCCAAGGGCACAAUUCUGCCAGUGUUUUAUAAUGUGGAUCCCUCCCAUGUGAGAAAACAAAGCGGCAGUUUUGUGGACGCCUUCACUGAGCAUGAGAAAAGGUUUAGGGAAGACAUCGAUAAGGUGAAGCGCUGGAGAAAUGCUUUAACAGAAGUAGCCAAUUUAUCUGGGAUAGACUCAAGGAAUGAGUGUGAAAGAAAGCUUAUUGAAAAGAUUGUUGAAUGGGUGUGGAGUAAAAUGCAUCGCACAUUCAAAUUGUUAGAUUCCACAGAGUUAGUGGGAAUUAAGUUUACACUUGAGCACAUAGAUUGGCUAUUAGCUCCUACGGAUGAUGUUCGCUUUCUAGGGAUAUGGGGAAUGGGCGGCAUUGGCAAGACGACCAUUGCUAAGCUUGUUUAUGAGAGCAUUUCUGUUCAUUUUGAAGUUCUUCUCAUUCUUGACGAUGUGAGUGAAUCAAGCCAACUUGAAAAGUUGGCUGGUGAAAAGGAUUGGUUUGGUAAAGGGAGCAUAAUCAUAAUUACAACUAGAGAUGAACGGUUGCUAGUUAAGCAUGAUAUGCAGGUAUCAUAUAAGGUAGAGGGAUUAAGUGAUGAUGAUGCUCUUGAGCUCUUUAGUCGGAAUGCCUUUAAAAAAAAUGAGCCUGAGGAAGGUUUCUUGGAAUUGUCCAAGGGUUUUGUUAAUUAUGCCAAAGGCCUUCCACUAGCUCUUAAACUUUUGGGAUGCUUAAUGUAUAAUAGAGAUGAAGGUGAAUGGGAAAGUGAAUUGGAUAAGCUACGGAAAAUUCCUAGGUCUGAAAUUUUUGAUUUACUCAAACUAAGUUACGAUGGACUAGAUGAGAUGAACAAGAAUAUAUUUCUUGAUGUUGCAUUUUUUCUUAAGUGGAAGGGCAAGGAGGAAGUAAUUGAAAUACUAGACAGUUGUGGCCUAUGUGGUCGUAUUGGGAUAAAUGCUCUCAUUCAGAAAUCACUCUUAACUAUAUUAAAUGGGAAUGUUGAGAUGCAUGAUUUGAUACAAGAAAUGGCAUUGGAAAUUGUUCGUCAAGAGUGUCCUGAAGAGCCUGGUAGACGAAGUCGAUUGUGCAAUCAUGAUGAUAUCUCUCAUGUAUUCGUAAACAAUACGGCAACAGACAAAAUUAAAGGCAUCAGAUUACACAUGGAAACACUUGAAAAGGCCUACUGGAAUUGUGAAGCCCUUUCUAAGAUGUUUAACCUAGAAUUUCUUGAAUUUGAUAGGGUUAUUAUUUCUUCAAGCCCUAGAAUUCUUCCUAAUUCUUUAAGAAGUAUCAACUGGAGUCAGUAUCCUUCCAAAUUUCUUCCAUCAGGUUUUCAACCGAAUUUCCUAAUUGCACUUAAGAUGCGUCACAGCAAACUUGUUCGGCUUUGGGAUGGAAGAAAGGACUUGCCCUACUUGAAAGAAAUGGACCUUUGUGGCUCUGAAAACUUGAGCACAACCCCAGAUUUCUCUGGCAUUCCGAAUCUUCAGGUGUUGGAUUUGUUGGAAGUUUGA